AUGAGCGCAACCUACCUCACCCACUCUAUCGCCAUUACCACUUCCCUGCCCCGUCACCGCCGCGUCAAAAGUUGCAGCCCCAAUACGCCUCGAAAGCCCCUGUCAGCUUCAUGGACUGGUAGGCUCCAUAUCCUGCCAAAGAAACACGUCACCCCCUACAGCCGUCACCUCAUCCCAUUUGCACUGCCAUCGUAGCCUACUACCAUCGUCCGAUCGCCCGGUUCUCACCUCUCACCUGCCA